UUGACCUUUGUAGGUCGGAUUGUGACGAACAGCUGAUUUCAGCAAAGUCAGGGUCUAACCGUGCAUGGAGAUGCUGGGUUGUCGGCACCUGUGCAGACUGCUGGGCAGACGUCAGCAGCUGCUGCACCUGACCAGGCCAAAGGCCACAGCUGCAGCACCUGCAGCAAAAUCUUUCUUCUACCAGGACUUGUUUGAACCUGAAAAACCCCUGGAUACUCCUUACAGGAAACUUACAGGUGAUUAUGUGUCCACCUUUGAGGUCCUGGGGAAGACAUGUCUGAAGGUUGAGCCCGAGGCCCUGACCCUGCUGACCCAGGAGGCUAUGGUGGACAUCGCACAUCUGCUCAGACCUGCACACCUCGCUCAACUGAGAAAGAUCCUGGAUGACCCUGAGGCGUCUCCCAAUGACAAGUAUGUGGCUAUGGAGUUCCUGAAGAACGCUAACAUCGCAGCUGCCAAGGUCCUGCCGGGUUGUCAGGAUACAGGCACUGCCAUCGUCAUCGGUAAGAAGGGUCAGUAUGUGUGGACAGAUGGAAAGGAUGAGGAACACCUGGCCAAAGGAGUCUACAACACCUACACACAGAAGAACCUCAGGUACUCACAGGUACGUCUGUACAACACCUACACACAGAACCUCAGGUACUCACAGGUACGUCUGUACAACACCUACACACAGAACCUCAGGUACUCACAGGUACGUCUGUACAACACCUACACACAGAAGAACCUCAGGUACUCACAGGUGGCGCCUUUGGACAUGUUCACAGAGGCUAACACGAAAACUAACCUGCCUGCUCAGAUAGAGCUGUAUGCCACAGGCUCCGACACCUACAAUUUCAUGUUCAUCGCUAAAGGCGGGGGUUCAGCCAACAAGACCUUCUUAUACCAGCAGACCAAGGCACUUCUGAACCCGGAGAAACUCACCAAGUUCAUUGAUGAAAAAAUAAAGACCCUGGGGACGGCAGCCUGUCCACCCUACCACCUGGCCAUCGUGGUGGGAGGUCUGUCUGCUGAGAUGACCCUCAAAACAGUCAAGCUGGCCUCCACCAAGUACCUGGACUCCCUGCCCACUUCUGGAAAUGAGCACGGCCGAGCCUUUAGAGAUGUAGAACUAGAGGAGAAGGUGCACAAACUGUCCCAGGUGAUGGGCAUGGGCGCACAGUUCGGCGGGAAAUAUUUCUGUCACGACGUGCGCGUGGUCAGACUGCCCCGGCACGGAGCGUCCUGUCCUGUAGGAAUCGGCGUAUCGUGUUCCGCAGACAGACAGGCACUAGGAAAAAUCACAGCGGACGGAGUGUUUCUGGAGCAGCUGGAGGAGGACCCCUCCAAGUACCUGCCAGAGAUCAAGUCUGAUCAGCUGAGUGGGGAUGUGGUGCAGGUUAACCUGAACCAGCCAAUGAGUGAAGUUCUAAGUCUACUGAGCCAGUACCCAGUGAGAACGAGGCUGAGUCUGAGUGGUACCAUGGUGGUGGCUCGUGACAUCGCCCAUGCUAAGAUCCAGGAGCUGCUGGACAGUGGUCAGCCCAUGCCACAGUACCUGAAGGACCACCCUGUGUACUACGCUGGACCGGCUAAAACACCGGAGGGCUAUGCCUCUGGCUCCCUGGGUCCCACCACUGCCGGCAGGAUGGACAGUUAUGUAGACUCCUUCCAGGCACAGGGAGGAUCCAUGGUCAUGCUGGCCAAGGGGAACAGGAGUAAACAGGUCACCAAAGCAUGUAAGAAGUACGGAGGGUUUUACCUGGGCUCCAUCGGUGGUCCUGCUGCAGUCCUGGCUGAACACAGCAUCAAGAAACUGGAGGUGCUGGAGUACCCUGAGCUGGGCAUGGAGGCUGUCUGGAAGGUUGAGGUGGAGAACUUCCCGGCAUUCAUUGUUGUUGACAACAAGGGAAAUGACUUCUUCAAAGAAUGGCAAACAGAAUAAUGAACAAAGUUAUCCUCACAACAGACACUACAGUUUUCAGUUGUCUUCACACAACAUUCUGUAGCUGUUAUUGUCCAAAGAUUUGCAGAAUAAAACAUCUACAAUAUUAUGAGCUGUGUCCUUCUGCUAUAUGAAAUAUUUUAUCUAUCGCAUUGAAGAGGUUAUUAUCAUCUAUCAUGUAUCCGUAAAGCCACAGCAAUUUAAUUUUUUGGUUAACGGAUUCACCCAAUUCAUUUUUU